UUAUCGUUCGCUAAAUAUUUGCCGUCGACUGUCGUCGGUCGGUCAGUUUCGGCGUUCGCACGUGCAGCGCCGCGGACCAUUUCCGCUGAUCCCUGAGUCAGAGUGGCCAGAGCGUGAACCCGUCGAAACAACGUAAUGGCGAAUGCGUCUGUUCAAUCGGGUAUUUGACAAUUAGUGAGCCUCGACCAGUCCCUCGUCGCGUUAAAACGCGGCACAGUUUUCACCGGGUGAUAUCGCGCGACUUUUCAUAUCCUGUAAACAACAAAUAAACAAUUAUCGAGCUGUGAUCGCGGUCGAAAGUUCUCGAAUUAAUACCGUGGGUGUUGCUGCUCAUGACGAUGAUGUUAAUGCUGCUGCUGCUGCUGCUGCUGAUAUCUCAGUGAAUCACUACACACCGAAACUAUCAACUAUUGUUAAUCGUCGAAAAAAUUUCAACACAAACGCCUGUGACUAGUAAAUUUUACAUCGAUCAAUUUCCGACGAGUGAUCACUCGUCGUCGUCGUCGUCGUUCAACUGUUUUCACCAGAAACAAAACAAGUACCGAUAAUACUAUACUACAUGGAGUAACGCGAGUAUGUACUUUAUUCGAGGAUGAAGGUGACCGUUUGUUUUGACAAUAUAAGGGUGGUAGUUCCGUGCGGAGAUGGAACGCUACUUGUCAAAGACCUGAUGCGCGAGGCCACCUUGAGAUAUAAAAAAGCUACGGGUCGAAACGAUGCCUGGUUGACGAUUAACAGCCUGUCGUCGCUGACCGGCGGAGGUCUCCUCGACCCCGACGAUAGGCUUUGCGACGUGGCCGACGACCGGGAGCAAAUUGUGGCACAUUUUGUCUCCGGUGAAAUUAUACACGUUGGCGGAGACGGCGCGAGCUCCGUCGGGACGAAUAGUCCGGAUUUCUUUCACGGGGAUCACAAGGAACAACACUACGUUGUAAAUCCAAGAGCGGCGAAUUCCUCGAGCCAUAUAAAACGGGAGAGCGCCAAGAGAUUGUCGAUGCAUUCCCUAUCAACCAAAGAACCCUCCCUCCUGACACCUUACUCGGCUCAAUCUCUGCCCCGUGAAUCCAGACGUAAAGAACCCCUCGGUCAGGACUCAAAGUCGUAUUUUGACUUUGCUGUAUCGAAAAAUGAAAACUUUUGCCUCAACGGUCAAGCCGCUAACGACGCCGAAGAAGUGGUGAUUAAGAAUGAGGCCGGACCUUUGGGGCUGCACGUCGUUCCUUGCUACGAUUUAUUGGGCAAUGAUCAGGGUCUCAGAGUCGAGAGGAUAGAAAGCAACGGUCGGAUAGCCAGGGACGGUCAAAUCGGGCUCCACGAUAAAAUCGUUAAAAUAAAUGGAAACAAUCUUUUGCACGUACCAUUCUCAAAGGUUCAAGAGAUAUUCGUGACCGCCAUGAACGAGCCGUGUCUAAAGAUAUCGGUUAUAAAGAAUAGGAAGUCGAAAAGCGACAAGGACGCAAAGAACUUGAGCAACCAUAGCAGUAACUCGAAAAACGAAGCCGACGAUAGCCAGAGGAAAAUACAAUGCAGCAAUUAUAAUUUACUGCAGACGGCUAACACGAGGAAAAUUGGAAGAAUGAUAGAAAUCGAACUGACCAAGGGAACGAAUGGACUCGGUUUCAGCGUAACAACCAGAGACAAUCCUGCCGGUGGUCAUUGUCCGAUUUACAUUAAGAAUAUCCUUCCGAAAGGCGCGGCAGUCGAGGAUGGUCGUCUCAGACCUGGGGACCGUCUUCUGGAAGUGAACAACAUGGAAAUGACCGGAAAGAAUCAGGCGGAGGUAGUUUCGUUACUGCGAAGUAUUUCUCCCGGAGGUAAAGUCAAGAUGGUCGUGUCUCGUCAGGAAGAAGUUCCGUCGGCAACGUCGGACGUGCCUGUAAUACCUUCGUACGUUCCGAGAGAGCUUACGGUUUCCUCUCAUUCUGCCGAAAGCACGGAUUAUUGGAAAGGUCAGAGCAGAUCGCCGAGCAAGAAACGAGACGUGGAAGAAACCGGUGAAAAAAUCGAGACUCACAGCUACGGCGAAGGCGGCUUGAAGAACCCAAAAACAUCCGACGACGUUAUUUUAUCACCUCGAAAAAAUCGGAUGAUACUUACGCUCGACAUUCCCGUUCAUGAUUCGGAAAAAGCAGGACUCGGGGUCAGCGUAAAGGGAAAGACCAGCAGCACCGAUGAUAACUCGAGCGUAGAUCUUGGGAUUUUUAUAAAGAGCGUUCUGCACGGCGGAGCCGCUUCGAGAGACGGACGUCUCAGGACCAACGAUCAACUCCUCAACGUAAACGGAGUCUCGCUACUCGGUUUGUCGAAUUCCGAUGCUAUGGAGACACUCAGGCGCGCGAUGCUCAACACAAACAGCUCUGUAACCGGCGUUAUCACGCUGACGAUAGCUCGACGAGUUUCGUCCUACGACGGAGGGUGCGAAAAAAUCUAUAUCGAUUCUGUAUCAAAUUCCAGGUCCAAGACCGAACUUAUCAACAGAGUUUACGGUGGCAGCGAAACGGCGACUACCAACCAGAGCGAAAACAGAGUCAGGGAGAAGAACGACUUGAAUUGCCAGUCGGACACGGUCGACAACGGGCAGAUAAACUCGGCGACAUCGUCGUCGCCUUGGAACCCGGUUAUAGACAGACUGACGGAGCAGUAUAACAAGAAUAGUCUGAGAAACGAGAGCUAUUGUUUAGCGACGAAUAAAACUUGGAUGGAACACGGUAACAAGGGCCAGAAAUUGGCCCCGAUGCACAAGGAAGAUUCGAUGGAAUCUGUUCUCGCCGAGGAAUCUAGCACGGUCGUUAAAAACCAGACCGGUAGAAAACACAACCCCAACGAUAAGGAUGGACAGUUUUCCGAGGAUCCGAGCUACGACAGUCAGCUGUCGCUAGAGGAGAUCGGCUCGUCGGGAAACAAGUUUUCCCGCGACGCCCUAGGGCGACAAAGCAUGUCCGAGAAAAGGCACGCCGCUUUAGACGCAAAGAACACCGACACCUACAAGAGAAACAAGAAGCUAAGAGAGGGAAGAGAGGUGAAAAGCGCCGAACCUUCAUCGACUCACAGUCAGCGGGAAAACCUCGAAGUUCCGAGUGCGACGCCGAAGAAGGCGCAGAGCGUUGAAAAUUUCGAAAAUAUUGGCGUCAAGACGAUUUCCAGAGAGAGUACUUUCGUCGAUGAGCAAAAAACUCGUCGCGGCAAGGUCAACAACCCCGAUCCGACACCGGAUUCCAACCCUGAUUACCUCUACACGAUACCUGGACGAACCAAAAUGAUUUCGCCGAGAAAACACUGGCUCGUCGACGACGUACAGGCCGAGAUUUCGGAUGCCAACAAUUACAGGAGCGAAAACGAUGGUUUUCCAAACAGCCGAGGCGACGUGAAACAAGCUUCGCUAAAUUCCGCUCUCGAUGAUCGAUAUAAAAGGUCGAGGAAAAAAGGCGGCAUCAGAUCGAUGCUCCGACUUGGGAAAAAUAGAAAGUCGCUCAAUUUCGGUGACAAUAUAGAGUCACGCCAAGAGGCUAAUAAUUAUUGCAGUGGAACUAUAAAUUAUAUAGCGUAGUUAAGGUAUUUUAUAUAUAUAUUCCUCUUAUUUCUAUACAAAAACUUCUCUCCUCGUUACGAUAAUUGUGCCUUAAGAUUGUUGACGAAAUAACUUUCUGUUUCAUAAUAUAUCUAUGUGUAUAUAAUUUUAUAUUCAUGUUGAAUCGACGUAUUCUGUACACUGAACAUUAUACUAUUUCGUAACAAAAACACUUUCCCUUUUUUUUUUUUUUUUUUUUUUUUUAAACGAUAUAUAACGAAGUAGGAAUUAUAUUUUGCAAAGAUAUUUUUGCUGGCAGCAUCAAUUAUACGGAUUCAUAAAUUUGUCACACACGAAACGCGUAUGUUGUAUAUUGUAUUUAUGAUUAGAUAAGGACGUGAACCACCAAAACUGAAUUAUUCAAGUAAUACUGGUUUGACGAUUAUAGAGAGAAUAAAAGACAAUGUUUUUUAUUCUGUCUACGACACAAUAAUAUUCUUAUAAUUAUUAUGAUUAUACAAAUUAUAUACUAUAAUAUUGUGUGUUUUAAACGAUACCUUAUUGCGAUGUGUUUGCGAAAAGCUACCUCCACUACGACGAUGAAAAUACCAUGUUUUCUUUUCUACCGAGAUUCAAUAUUUUAAAUUUUCAAUUUGGAUUUUUAAUACGUAAGCUUUUAGACAGACUUGAAAGUGAAUGAAAAUGAGGAAAACUCAGUUUGUAAAUGAAUUAAAUAA